AUGGUCACCCCUAAAAAAUCACCGAAAGUGACCAAAGCGGCCACCAAAACCGACGCCCAAACCGACGUUCCGGAGGUGGCCGAAACGCCCCGGGACUCCUUCUUGUCCAAAUCCAUCGGCGUGCUUCUUAUCUUGGCCAAUGUCGCUGUUCGUGUCUACUGUGGAUUGUACAUGAUCAUUUCCGACUGCGACGAGACCUACAACUAUUGGGAGCCAUUGAAUCGUAUAGCGCGUGGGUUCGGAAAACAGACAUGGGAGUAUUCUCCCGCCUACGCCAUCCGUUCGUACGCUUAUCUCAUCCCAUACUACUUGAUCACAAACCCACUCAGGGACUUUGAUCUCUUGACGGGCGAGACGCUCCUGCCUUCGGCCAUGUUCUAUUAUAUCCGUGUGGUGGGAUUGGCUGGUUUUACCGCGUACGCGGAGAUCAAGCUCUACUGGGCGGUGCGCCGUAACUUCUCAAACUACACCGCCAACUGGUUCCUCUUGUUCUCGACGUUUGCGCCAGGAAUGGCCCAUGCGAGCGUGGCGCUCCUUCCGCUGUCGUGGGCCAUGACGUGGAUCACGUUGGGCACGGCGCUGGCGAUCGAGGUGCUUGGCGACGUGAAUGACUUGUCGGUGGUGGGUCCUUCCAUCAAGGCCAUUUCGUGCUUCUUGACCGCAGGACUCUUCGGCUGGCCCUUUGCUUUGGCGAUCGGUAUUCCGUUCGGCUUGUUUACCUUGCGUGCUCGCUACCAGACCCCGCCACUAACCAGAAUUGUAUUCGCUGGCUGGGCAAUCUUUCCUGCCAUGGUGAUCUUCUUGAUCUGUGUGGACUCGUACUUUUACAGCCGUGACGCUCUUUUUGUUCCUUUCAACAUCGUUCUCUACAACGUCUUUUCGGGCGAGGGCGAGGGCCCCGAGAUUUUCGGCGUUGAACCUUUCCUGUACUACCUCCUCAACUUGGCCCUUAAUUUCAACGUCGUGCUGGUACUCGGAUACCUCGGCGCAGUCGUCAUUCCUUACACUUCAUCCAAGGUAGAACAUUACAGAAGUGCGUUCGGCGCCUCGGUUCCUAUCUUGGUCUGGAGUUUCAUCUUCUUUAGACAGCCUCAUAAGGAGGAACGCUUCCUCUACCCAAUCUACACCCUUAUUUGCCUCUCGGCUGCAAUCUUCACUGCGCGGGUGUGGAAGUUUUUGCGCGAGUCCGUCUUUCUGCGCAUGGUUUCUCGUGUUCUUGUGUUGCUCUCUGUGGCCUUGUACAUCACAUUGUCCGGCUCUCGCAUCUUGUCGUUGGUUUAUAACUACAGCGCUCCUCUUACCACAGCUGCUGUGUUCCUGGAAAUCGAGAACGAGAACGCAACCACCGGUAUCCAAAACGUUUGCAUUGGCCGUGAGUGGUAUCAUUUCCCAACCUCGUUCUUCCUUCCUGACAACUAUAGACUUCGCUUUGUGAAGAGUGGUUUCGAUGGCCUUCUCCCAGGCGACUUUGAGGAAAAUGUUUCUAUCAAACAAGCCGCUUCUAUUUACCCCGCUGGAAUCAACGCAAAGAACAUAUUCUCUGAAGACAAAGUCGUUCCGUUCGACACUUGCGAUUUUUACAUCGACAACAGCUCUCCGGUGCCAGCAGGCGAACCUGACGUUUUUGGAAACGCAGCAUGGAAAGCCAUUGCUUGCGAGAAAAUCGCAGACCCUAGCUCAACCGAGUUCAACUUGAAACGAAUCUUGCAUAUUCCAACAAUUUUGGAUAAAUACAUCCCCGGCAGCAACGAGCAGAUGGACUACUGCGUAUUCCAAAGAGUGAACGGCGUUUAA